GGUGCCCUUAUCGCCGAUUCCUUUGCCGGCCGUUUCUGGACCAUUCUGGUCAGUUCCUUCAUCUAUGAACUGGGUUUAGUUAGCAUUACCAUAUCUGCCGUCCUCCCCUCCCUCCACCCACCGCCAUGCCCAACUCAACUCAAUUGCCAAAAAGCAUCCAGUUUCCAACUCUGGGUCUUGUACAUUUCCCUCCUCCUGACCUCCCUAGGCACUGGUGGAAUCAGGCCCUGCGUGGUCACAUUUGCCGCCGACCAGAUUGACAUGGGCAAAUCAAGCCUGGCGAGCCGGAAGUGGAAUUUCUUCAAUUGGUACUACUUCUGUAUGGGAAUGGCAACGCUUCUCGCAUUGACCGUAGUGUUUUAUAUCCAGGACAAUGUAGGGUGGGGAUGGGGACUUGGAAUCCCGACCUUCGCCAUGGCUCUGUCCAUCAUUGCGUUUAUCCUGGGUUCACACCUUUAUAAGAAGCUGAAACCCGGAGGCAGUCCGUUGGUCAGAUUGGCUCAGGUUACUGUUGCGGCAGUGAAGAAAAGGAAAGAGAAGUUACCUGAAGAUGCCACGCUCUUGUACCAGAACAGGGAGAUGGAUGCUAAUAUCUCUGUUCAUGGAAGACUGUUACAUACAGAUCAGUUCAAGUGGUUCGACAAGGCUGCUAUAGUAAGAGAAGCGGAGGCUGAGGCUUCUACUCCGCCGAAUCUAUGGAGGCUGGCGACGGUCCACAGGGUGGAAGAGCUGAAAUCCAUCAUUAGAAUGUUACCCAUAUGGGCCGCUUCAAUUUUGAUAGUCACGUCAUCUUCACACAUAGAGAGCUUCACUAUCCUUCAAGCUCGUUCCAUGGACCGCCGCUUGUCUCCCUCUUUCCAAAUUCCUCCGGCCAGUCUGUCAAUCUUCAGCAACCUAACAAUGCUGACCGGCCUCAUUUUAUACGAACGCUUCUUUGUCCCAUUUGCCCGCCGUUUUACUGGAAAUCCCUCCGGUAUAACAUGCUUGCAGAGAAUGGGAAUAGGGUUUGUGGUAAAUAUAUUGGCUACAAUGGUUUCUUCUUUUGUGGAGAUGAAACGGAAAGCUGUGGCAGCUCGCCAUGGGUUACUGGACAAUCCUAAGGCCAUCAUUCCCAUAAGUGUGUUCUGGUUGGUUCCCCAGUACAGCAUCCAUGGGAUAGCAGAGGUGUUCACGAAUGUUGGGCAUUUGGAAUUUCUCUAUGACCAAUCACCAGAAAGCAUGAGAAGUACAGCUGCAGCAUUCUACUGGAUAGCGAUUGCAAUUGGGAACUAUAUCGGAACAUUGUUAGUGACACUGGUGCACAAGUACACAGGGGAGAAGAGGAAUUGGUUGCCUAAUAGGAACCUGAACAGGGGAAGGCUGGAGUAUUACUAUUGGCUUGUGAGCGGGAUCCAAGUGGUGAAUCUUGUAUACUACUUGAUAUGUGCUUGGCUUUAUACUUACAAGCCAUUGGAAGAGGUUUGUGAAAAUGUUGAGGGAGAAGAUAAGGGUUCAUGCAAUGCUGGGGAGCUAGAGCUUCCUAGAAAAGAGAGUGCUUAGAACUGUCAACAAGUAAUUACAUGGUAAAAUAUCAAUAAAUUGAAUGUAUAUUUUGUGGUUAGAAAAGGUGAAUUGAUCAUCAUUCAAGGAUCAUUGGGGGCUCACAAGAACAGUAUAUGGGAUCUGAGUGAAAAACCCAGAUUAAGUUACAUUGGCAAGAGAGGACAUUCAAAUAACACAGGCAAUCGGCCCACCAACUGAAUGAAUGUACACUGUUGAUGUUCAUCAAGGAAUUUCAUGGAAGAUGACAUUGUGCAGUAUGUAUGAUACCACUAUAAACAGGUGCCAUUGAACUAAUGUUAUGCUCAGCAAGAAAAAAAAAAAAAGAAAAAAAGAAAAAACUGGAAUUCUGCAAAUGACCACAACAUUUUCUAAAGAAAAAUUAGGGAGGAAAAAAAAAAAAACACUUUUUGGGCCAAUUCACUAAUGAGCCUUACGCAUGGAGCAAAAAGUUGAGGAACACACCUGGAAAUUGAAGAUAUGUGCUGAUAAAUGAAUAUCCUUGAGACUUCAAUGUUGAGAAUGAUUGGUGCCAUGACCUGUUCCAGACUAAGCAGCGACACUGGUUGAGGCAUCAGAUUUUGCCCUUCUAUAGAAGAGGACAUAUGCAGCAGAUGACUUCACAUCAUCUUCUUUUAUGGGCAAUAUAUGGCUGUCAUCAAAAUCGUACCCCCAAUUCUCUUCUAGAAGCUGCAGGUGCCACAAAGGGUGGAAAUCAGGGUGAGAUGGAAAUGGUGCAGGAUGCAAUACCAUAGCCAAGCCUAACUUAUAAAGUCAUAAGCAGCAAAAUAGAUGUCAUAAACUCCAAAAAAUUCUCAUUCUGACAAAUGCCAAAAACUCAGCCAGAACAAGAUGGAAAAACCAGUUCUUUACAGAAAAUAAAGUUCAGACAAUUAU